AGACACACACACACACUCGAUAGGAUGGUGGAAUCGAUAGCGACGAGAGGCAACCAAAAGAGACCGGCAGCCACCGACGCAUAGAAGAAAGUACUCCGUCAACCCCCUCUGUCAACGGGCUUCCCCUCUCCGCCCUCCCUCCUCCCCCUUCCGCUCUCCUUCCUCCAAAGAUCCCACUUUCCCCUUCCCGGAUUUCCCUUAACUUCGCUCGUCGUCGGAGGGACAGGAGGCGGAGGAGGCAGAAGAGCACCGCGAGGAGGAGGAUCCUAAGGGAGGGUCCUUGGCAUGGAUUGCGGGUCGGCAGCCGCCGGUGAGGGGCACAUCAAGGGCGUCCCGACGCACGGUGGCCGCUACGUGCAGUACAACGUGUACGGCAACCUCUUCGAGGUCACCGCCAAGUACGUCCCCCCGCUCCGCCCCAUCGGCCGCGGCGCCUACGGCAUCGUCUGUGCUGCAGUGAAUUCUCAGACUCGUGAAGAGAUUGCAAUAAAGAAGAUUGGCAAUGCAUUUGAUAACAGAAUUGAUGCCAAAAGAACCUUACGAGAAAUAAAGCUUCUUCGUCACAUGGAUCAUGAAAAUGUUAUUGCAAUUAAGGACAUCAUUCGCCCUCCAAACAGGGAAAAUUUCAAUGAUGUCUACAUUGUUUAUGAGCUAAUGGAUACUGAUCUUCAUCAGAUAAUUCGCUCCAAGCAAGCAUUGACCGAUGACCAUUGCCAGUUUUUUCUUUAUCAAUUACUUCGAGGGUUGAAAUAUGUGCACUCAGCAAGCGUCCUGCACCGUGAUCUUAAGCCUAGCAAUUUGCUCUUGAAUGCAAAUUGUGACCUUAAGAUUGGAGAUUUUGGAUUGGCAAGAACAACAUCUGAGGCAGAUUUCAUGACUGAAUAUGUUGUCACUCGUUGGUACCGAGCACCUGAACUGCUCCUUAACUGUUCAGAGUACACUGCUGCUAUUGACAUCUGGUCAGUGGGUUGCAUACUUGGUGAGAUUGUGACCAGAGAACCUUUAUUUCCUGGAAAGGACUAUGUCCAUCAGUUAAGGCUGAUAACCGAGCUAAUAGGCUCACCUGAUGACUCAAGCCUUGGAUUUCUCAGAAGUGACAAUGCCCGUAGAUAUGUGAGAUCACUUCCUCAAUACCCAAGGCAAAAUUUUUGUGCUAGGUUUCCCACCAUGUCAAAUGGAGCAAUUGAUUUACUGGAAAAAAUGCUUGUAUUUGAUCCAAGCAAGAGAAUCACAGUUGACCAAGCUCUGCACCAUCCAUUCUUGGCGUCUCUCCACGACAUUAAUGAUGAGCCCUUUUGCCCAACUCCAUUCAACUUUGAUUUUGAACAUCCAUCAUAUACUGAAGAAGAUAUUAAAGAACUUAUCUGGAGAGAAUCACUGAAGUUCAACCCAGAUCCAGUAUACUAGGUUUUUCUGUUUGAUGCUUGCUGUUGGCAUUUGUAAUUAUGAUUACUCUUUGAAUUGAAGCCACCUAAAGCCAGUGAAAGCUAAUCAUUGGUCAUCUCAUCGGAUUCAUUCACAAAUCUGUGACGUGAAGUCAAGACGAGGCUUGAGGAAAUAAGGUAAAACUCAGAUCCUCAGGAUCUAAAACAGUGCUUUAAAUGCCGAAUCUGUAAUUUACUAUUUGAGAAGUUUGUGCUCUUUGCAUAGGAUGUUAUUGCAGGUGUCAUGUUCCUUUAUCAACUGCUUCUUAGAAGUCGUUAUUAGGGCAAUCUAAUCACCUUGAGUCUUUUUUGACAAUGUGAUUAUUAUGUUGAAAUAUCAGUAGGAAACUAUAUAUAUGGCUUGUCUGUCUUUA